AUGUACACAUUAUUCAACUAUAUUAACACAUAGUCUGUGCCAUUCUCCCAGCAGGAGGUUCUCUGUUGGCUUAACAACGAGCCGCCACGUCGCUAUGACUCUGUCACUUCUGCUGGGGAUUCUGGCCGCCAUGUUUAUUGUGACGUCAGGGCAAGCCACGGAGGCGGACUUCCUGCGUCUGUACAGUGACCUGCUGGAUGGUUACAGGGACAAGCGACAUAUGAGACCCAUAGUCAACCAGUCAGCUGACAUCGAAGUGACCAUGACCUUUAAACUGGUGUCCGUUAUGAAGAUAGACGAGGUCAAACAAGACAUCUUUGUACAGGCGGAAGUUCUGCUUCAGUGGCAUGACAAGAACCUGGUAUGGACACCCUCUGACUACGGCGGUCUAAGCACCAUGUAUGUGGGACCUGACACUGCAUGA